AUUUUUACAAGGAUAAUGUGGGGGGCGCUGAAUUCAGCUGGAAUUAAAAGAUCGAAGGCGGAAGUUGACUUUCGUCUAACAGCGGAUCGCUUGGAUCUCCUCGUCAUGGCCGACGAAAUGAAUUCACUGCUGAGCCUGGAGGAAGAGCUGAGUUGUAGCAUAUGCCUCUUCGUCUUCGAUAACCCGGUGACCACGCCAUGCGGGCAUAAUUUUUGCCAGGAUUGUCUGGAUAAGACCUGGCAGGAUAGCGAUCAGGUGGCUCUAGGCUUUAACUGUCCACAGUGCCGGACUCAUUUCUACACCAAGCCCGAGCUGAAGAAGAACACGGUUCUCAACACCGUAGUGAAGACGCUAAAGCUGAGGUUGGAAGAAUCCAACGAUGUGGACGUGGAGGUUAAGAAGGUGCCAGAAGUGGCUGAAAUUACCUGUGAUGUCUGUCGGGAAAUCAAAGCAUAUAAGACGUGCCUAACAUGCAUGGCGUCGUAUUGCGAGGAGCAUGUGAGGCCGCAUAAGGAAAAUCCGAUUUUUUCGACACAUCAGAUGACAGAUCCGCUGUCAGACCUCAAGGAGCGCAUCUGCCUCACUCACAACAAAAUGAUGGAGUUUUACUGCAGCACGCACAGCCAGUGCAUUUGUGUCGUAUGCCUUCAGGAAAAACACAACAACUGCAGUAUCUGCAAGCCAGAGGAACGUCGCAACAUCCAGGAAUCUGAGCUAAAGAAAAUGAUGUAUAAUCUUGAUGGAAAAAUAGAGAAGACCCACACAGUUGUCAGUCAGAUGAAGGAGCAGCAGUUUGUACUGAAGGAUUCAGCCAGUAGCAGGAAGAGGAUUCUGGAGAGUGAGUUUCAGCAAAUCCGGGAACUCAUUGACAGAAGUGAGCAGGAAGCCGUGAAGCUUGUGGACCAAGAGCAAGACAGCGGGAAUGAGAAGAUCCAGUCUUUGAUGAAGAGAUUUGCCCUAAACGUGGAACAGAUGAAGGAAACGAAAAGUCAGAUCGAGAGCCUCUUGGGCAAGAAGGAAUCAUUCAUGUUCCUGCAGGCUAAAGUAAAUCUACCCCGAGCAGUGGACAUUAACCCAUAUGCGCCCAGAGUCAGUGUCAAUUCCAGACAGGUGAUUGCCUCUGAGGACUACGUACUUGCUCUAAAAAAAUUCUUUGAAAACUUAUUGAAAGAGCCGGUUGAGAAGAGGCUUCAGUUGCUGAAUGCAGGGGGGUGGGGUUUAGGUCAUGAUUUGUCCCGUCAGCCUCAGCUACCGAAUGCAGAUACUCGCAACACAUCUGUUGAUGAUAGAAAUAAAGAAGUUCGCCAUCCAACAAUGCCUGAUGUCCGCGGGACACGUCGUGAUAUGAUCCGUCAGCCUCCUGGGCAACAAGGCGCAAGGAAAAAGUCUCCAUUUCCCAAGCCCAUGGAAAUAAAGGGUGAAAAAGUUGACAAAACUAAGAAGAAACCACCACAUCUUCCACGAGAACCAGUCAUUCCUUUAAUGAACAUUGAUGAGCCACCAAAAGCCCUGGGCCUUUAUAUCCCCCAUGAACCAGGAAAUGCCGCUAAAAGAAGUGAUCUACUGAAAUAUGGCGUUGAACUGACUCUGGACCCCAUGACGGCCCACAAGCGCAUCCUCCUGUUGGAGAAUUUCACGAAGGCCAUGGUGUCUGAAGAGCCGAGUCCUUACCCCGACGGGCCCGGCCGCUUCGCCGUGUGCUCCCAGGUGCUGGGCACCAGGGGCUUCUCUCAAGGACGCCAGUACUGGGAGGUCAAGAUGAGCAGCAACAAUUUCUGCGGCCUCGGCCUGGCCUACAAGAGCAUCGACCGCAAGGGCCCCGCCAGCCGGCUGGGCCGCAACAGCCAGUCCUGGUGCGUGGAGUGGUUCAACAUUAAGCUCUCUGCCUGGCACAACAGCAGGGAGAUAGUGCUGGAGAAUCCCAACCCCAGUCGGGUAGGCAUCCUACUGGACUGCGAUCAGGGCACCGUCACCUUCUACACUGUGGCUGACAGGGCCUACCCCUUCUACACUUUCAUUCAGCGCUUCUCACAGCCAGUUUAUCCAGCCUUCUGGAUCUUCUCCAGUGGUUCUCACGUCACUCUGUGUAAGAUGAUCAACUGAGUAGAUGCCCGUGCAAAUUAUCCAAUGCAUGCUUUCAGCCUGCUACUAGUUUUCAUGCUACUUAGGCUAGUACCUAAUUUUGAGCACUUGGAUUCAGCACUUUCGCAAUCUGUUAAAUAAUACUUGCAUUUUAUGGAACAGUAUAGUACUAGUCUUAUCUGUGGUUCAUCUUGGGUUUGGAAGUGCACCAUUAGCAAAAUAAAGCUUUAUAACACGGCAAACAGGACUGACCGCUAAUCUUUUUGCUGAAAAUUAGCAGUUAGGACAAUAAUCUCUUACUGGAGAAGAAAAAAUAUGAAAGUGAAAUCAAACAUUGAUUAUUACGAAUUAUUUUGUUUUUUGUUUAUCUUAAAUAUGUUAUCCCACAUGUGCCAUGUGGUAAUCAUACAGUAAUAACUUCUGUUUAAAGCCAGAAAUUUGCACUGUUUUAUCUAACAGGCUCUUCUGUUAUGAGCUUCAUUGAGAUCAUGUUCGUCAGACUCAUAUUUCUAACUGAAAACCUGGUUUUGAAUUAGAGUAAAGUGAAAAUUUGGUAAUAUGAGUAAACAUUAUCAGUAAGCUAACAGGUAUCUCAAAGCCAUGUACCCUGAGCAUAGCACUUGUGGUCCACUAGCUAGGUACUGGAAUCAGAAACCAGAUGCUUUUUGUUACUGGUGUUCACAGGAAUGACUGAUGUACACUGGAAUGACUGAUGUGUUCAGUGAUGCUGGUCACGUUGUACAUCCAUAAUUUUAUGCAACUGAGGAGGCUGAGAAUUAUUUUACAUCUGGAGAGAUUAGACCUCCUCCAUAUUAUGCAGACUCCCAGUGGAACAUCCAGUCGGUUUUUGAAUCUGGUGUAUUAAUAAUAAAGUCAAAAUCCUUAAUGUUUACUUGAAGCAGUUCAAUUUUGGUGGUAAUUUCCAGGUUUAUCGUCAUGAUUGACUUGAAAAGAUAAAAUGUGAAUUGUGAUGCAUUCAAAAUAAUGAUUCCUGGUGCAAUAAGCCCCAUUCAUUAGGAUUUCGGAAAUCAGACUUUGUUGUUUAGCUUAUAUUGAGAUUUGGGUGUUGAAAUGCUUUAGUGGUUGAGGGGACAUGUAUUUGGUUAAUUGUUUUAAAGGUUCUAUUCUUAGGGAUGUGGUUUUGGGUACAAGUAUCUGCCAAAUAAGUAAAUUGCAUAUUCUGGUCAGAAGCAUUUUCCAGUAUGUUGAAGUGGAGCUAACACUAGAGGCAAGAGAUCUCGAUUAAAUCAUGAUUUAUUGGACCCUGCCUGGUCUUGCGUACCUCUCUGCUUGGAUAUAGAGAAGUUAGAGGCUCUAGGCAGGUGAGAAUACAGUGGUUGUACCACAUCAUUGGUCGCCGCCAGGGAUCACCAACCUGGACGAGCAUAUCUAUGGUGAGGCCUGCUUGUGUCCAUGGCAGAAUGUUUGGAUUGAGACAAAAGACCACUUAGGCUACAUUUUUAAAUACUGUGGAAAUCACUUGCAGUGAAUCACGCUUGUCCGGGUGAAACUGUAGAUGUUCAGCGUACGAUGAGCACGUCCGCGUUAUGAAAGUAUGUUAGAAAUGGACCCCGUACUCUGAAAUUUAUACGCAGUGCCAUGGAUAGAAUAUCUUCCUCUUUUAAACAGGGCAUUUGAUCACUCGGCCAUUGGGUGCGGGUGGAGCAGCAUCCCUCCAUCCAAUAACAAAGGCACGCUUGUCCAGCGGAGACACAAAGGACAGGACAUUGCAUGGGCUGAGGUCAUGUGCAAAUUCCAGAAACCGCAACCAAAUGGUGGGCAUUGAUAAUACAGCCCAGGAUUUGAGUGUUUGUCAGAAGUAAGCUGGGACAAAGCCAGUACAUGUGAAUCGGUGGAAGAGGAAAAAUACAAACAUUGCUAGUGUAAUAUACCUAGUAAUGAAAUCAGAUAUUGAUUAUUACAUAUGAAUUUGCUUGUGAAAGUAAUGCAAGCAUUUACAUGGUACUUCAUCUUAAAUCCCACAUUUAUCAUCCCAUAUGUGUCAUCUGGUAAUGAUACAGUAAUAACUUUGAUUUAAAGUCAGACGUUUUACUGUCUUGUCCAAACAGCUACUUCUGUUAUGAGCUUCACUGAGAAGCUGUACAGCGCCUUGGACCGGGUAACAUGAGUAAACAUCAGUAUGGUAACAGGUAUCUCAAAACUAAGCUUCCACUGCGCAACUGAAAAUGCAGUUUUCACACCCUGAGUGUGGCCAUCAAAGGAAAUGGAGAAGCUCCUAAAAGCUCUUCUGGCCUGGUAUCCUGAGCGUAGAAGUGGUGGUUCGCCAGCUAGGUUUAUUAUUAUUGAUUUAUCAAUGCAUUGCUCUAGGACUGUCUGACCAUGUCUUCUCAAAAGAAUGUAUGUCAUUUUGGAUGAAAACAUUUACUAAAUGAGUAAAUUGUAUACAUUGGAUAGCAGCAUUUUCUGGUAAGUUGAGGUGGCGUUAACCCUCUAGAGCGUCAGUGCAGCGGCUUCCAAAAAGAUUUGGUGGACCCUGCUGAUGUUGCGUACCUCUGCUUGGAUUUAGAGAAGAUGGAGGCUCUAGGCAGGUGAAACGAUGGUGGUUGUGCCUCAUCAUCGGUCUUCGCCGGGGAUUGUAAACCUGUCUGCAUGUGGCGAGACUCCAUGGUAAAAUAUUUUGACUGAGGAAAAAACACCAUGUAGGCUUUGUUUUUAAGUAACAUGUCCAUGGUGGUAAUUCCAUUUUAAUCAAAAUAUCUCUCAGCUUGCCAUGGUGUUGACCCCUGGCCAUCAUGUGGCCCACUGUGAUACAGGGGAACUGGGCCCUGUACCUAUCACUGGUCUCCUUCCUCUAGACAUGCUUGAGAAAAUACAGCCCAAUAAACAGGUCAUGUUCAUUUCUGUCGCAAUUAUAUUUGUGUGCAGUAUUUAAGUGGCGAUAGAUUCUGUUGUUUCAGCUUUAAGCAAUGAACCAGACCAGAGGCGCUCGCUUUGGGAGGAAGCAGUUUAUUCCCAGGUGAUGUUCUCACAGCUUUCUCAACCUUCUUCAAGGUUGGGUGUCAUUCCAGCCUUUUUACAGAGCCUAAGGCAGUAGAUCUUGUUUGAUCAUGGCCAGGCAGGAGCCACACGAUGAAAGGGCAGGAACCAGAAAAUAGUGACAAACGACUCUGUUCCUUCAUCAUCCUACCUUCUGGUAGCCUGAUUCCUCUUCUUUGGUAGCUGAUUGGAUAACGCCUUGCCUUUUGGUCUCAAUAGGGAGUGAGGGCAGGGUGAUUUUCUAAUUACCGUUACUAUUACAGGAGGCCACACAAGCUAGAAUUUCUGUGUUACGAUGUAAGAGAGCAACCCGUACUAUAACAAAGUAACAGCAAAAUUCUACAGCGGGCAUACAAAAUAGAUGGAUAGGAUGGAUUGUAACAGUCACUUAGGUGAUUUUGGAGGGAAUACAAGAAUCCUCUGUUGAGAGACAAUGAACUCAUGUUCUAGCUCAUAACAGAUGUCAUUAUUUGUAUGUUUUGUGUCAGGUAAAGAACGUGCAUCUGCCAGGGAUCAAUGGACGGCAGUAAUAAUAAAAUGUACCUUGUAUGCUGAUUCUAAAUCAUGUUUGUAUUCCACAUACAUUGGCAGAGCGCAGACCUUUAAAAAAAAUCUGUAAAUGAAAUAAAGCUUUACUGUGUUAAAGAA